AUAUCCCAUGCAACCACCAGCUAGGGCUCCAAGCAGAAUAACAUUUCUAUUGAUGGUAGACUUUUCAUUUUCAAAUUUACUUUGUUUAUUAUUGAACGAAUUGAAAUAUUGCACAGCUUGAAAUCCGGUCCUAUUAAUUAAUAUUCCUGUAGGAAUACACCUAAAAUUAAAAACAGGAAAUUAUUAUAAAAUAUAAAUAGAAAUGUUAUUAAAAACCUUUUUAAUAUGGCCUGCAUCUUAAUUUGUACUAUUAUAACAAAAAUGUUUCUUGUAAAGUAGUUUGCAUUGAUUGGGUUGUAUGUAUAAUGUACAAUUUCCUUAUAUAGAACUUAAAUUGUUGACUAUAGAGAGCAUAAUACUUUAAAAACCAUUAAUUCUUAUAUAUAAUUAAAAAAUAAAACACUGGUUCAAUUUUAUCACGAGAUAUGAUGUGAUAAAGAGAUAGUAAUUACGAAAACUUAACCUAUCAUAAUCAUUGACUUGUGCUAUUGCUAAAAAAUAAAUAAAUAUACAAUACAAACAGAACAGGCAAUAGUUAUUUAUAAAUAAAUUCAAUUCAAAACAGACCCUUUUAAAAAUUUUGCGCUUUGACUUGACAGUUGUUUCAACUACGUUUCUAUUAUCCGAAUAUAAAUUCAAUCUAACUUGUGAUUUGUUGAAUAAUAAUACGUAAUUCGUGAUUAAACAAUUUGAUUGGUUAAAACAAUUUCACUAUAACCGCAAUCCAAUAAAAAGCCCUAUACAGUUUUUUAUUUGAAAACGGGUUCAACGUCGAACGUCAAAUGCCAGCAAACGUCAAGUUUUGUUGACAUGUCAGUGUCAUUUCUAUUUGAUGUUUUUCUAAUUUUUCCAUUUUCUCUUUUCAUUUUUAUUCUUUAAUCAAUAUCAAAAGAAUGUAAACUUAAUUAGAAAAAAGAAUUGAUGCUUAUUAAAUACAAGAUGGCAUUUAACGGGCUGCAAUUUUUAGUUAAAGAAGAACCAAGAGAUUCUGAUCUUAAUGAUCAAAAUGCUGUAAAUAUUGGAAUUAAAGUUAAAGAAGAAGGAGAUUAUUUACCAGACAAUCCCGAUUUAGUGGAAUUAGGAAACGCUACAGAUGGAUUUAAUGCCCAAGAAUGGCGAGAAGGUUGUCAUAAUAGUGGUUUAAAUAAUACACAUAGUAGUAUUCCAUUUGGAUCAACUGGUGAAGUCAAAUUCAAUGCUCAAGAAUGGACUAAUAGAUGUUUAAAUAACUUGUCUAAUAAUGUACAUAAUACUUUGUUAAACCCUAGCACUUCAGGUACUGAAAUAAAUCGUGAUAAUGAUAUAACAGAAGAACCAGACAUGCCUCAUGAUCUGGCAACUAAAACUUUACAACAUUUCAUGUUAAAUGAAAGCUCUGAGGAUAGUACUCAAGAUACGAAUCGUACUGAUUCUGACCAAGAUUGGACUGAACAUAAAGAUGGUUAUUUUUCUUGUAAAAUUUGUAAAAUACGGUGUCCAGAUGAAUUUUAUCUGCAGCACCAUUUCAAGUCUAGAAGAUUAGGUGAUAAAAGUUAUAAAUGUUGUGGUUGUAAUAAAAUAUUCAGGGAUAACACUCAAUUAAGCGUCCAUGCCCGAAAGCAUACCGGCGAGAAACCGUACUCAUGUAGUGUUUGUGCGAAAAAAUUUUCCGUGAAUGGAAAUUUGAGUAAACACAUGAGGAUACAUACGGGGGAAAGGCGAUUUGAAUGUUUCACGUGCGAACGAAAGUUUACCCAGUUCGCGCAUUUAGAGGAUCACAUCAAAACACAUUCAGGUGAACGGCCAUACAUUUGCGAUUUUUGCAAUAGCGCCUUUAAAACCAAAGCGAGAUUACGAAAACACAAAAAAUCUCACGAAGACGAACGGGUAACGAAACGAUCAGUACCAUGUCCGGUGUGCGUGAAAGUGAUGAAGAGUACCAAACAAUUGUUAGCCCACAUGGAAACUCACGACGAAGGGCCUCACAACCCGUUUCCCUGCGACACUUGCGGGAAGAGCUACAAGAAUUUAUUUUCGUUGAAUAUUCAUUUAAAAGUUCACGGAAACGUUAGGGAAUUUCAAUGCACGCUGUGCGAUAAGGCGUUCACUAAUGCUAGUCAUUUGAGGCGGCAUUCCAAUUCACAUACAGGAGUACGCCCGUUUACCUGCGAGAUAUGUAUGAGGGGUUUUCCGUCUUCGCAAAAUCUUAAGAGGCAUCUGAUGACGCAUACGGGGGAAAAACCGUUCAGUUGCGAUUCGUGCGACAAAAGUUUCCUUACGCUGGAAAACCUGAACAGGCAUAAAAGAACGCAUACCGGAGAGAAGCCGUUUCCUUGUACUGUUUGUGGGAAAUUUUUCGCUCACAGUACGACCGCCAAAGAGCACAUGCGCGUCCACACAGGCGACAAACCUUUCAAGUGUUCCUUCUGCGACCGAAAAUUCGCGCUCAACAAGGCCCUCUACAAGCACAUCCGCGAACGUCAUCCAGAGGACUUCCCCGAAUUCAAACGCCUCAACGAUAUGCCGCCGAACAUGCGCAAAGCCAGGGAGAAAAUGAAACGCGAAACGAUAUCGAUCGAGGAAACUGACGUCAAAACGCCGAACAACGUUGCCGCUUCGCCGCCGAAAAAUAACCGAACGAAAUCGCCGAAUACCAGUAACGAAUCGGUUAGUGUAAAAACGGAACCAAACGAAGUCGAAUGUAAAAAGGAGCCCGUGGACGGUGGGGACGUGAAGCACGACACGCUUAUGGACACGUUGAAAUUGAAACCGGUCGAGUGUAAAUAUAAUUUACGUAGCAGUGAUGUGAGUGAAUCGGACGAUGUGGUUGUUAAGAAAGAAAAUGAUGAUUUGGGAUGCAGCUAGCACUCGUAAUGUUUUUUUUUAAUUGGAUAUAUACAGGGUUGCCACUUUUAAAUUGAAACGUAUUGAUAUGUCGUAAGGUUGCAGUCAUUAGGGCCGAUUUUUAGGGACGUUUAAGGCCUAAUUAAAAUCGGCCGAAUUUGUUUUUGGCCAAUUGUGUUUUCAGCCAAAUUAACUUUCGGUCGAAUGUAUUUUAGGUCAAUUUAAUUUUCGCCGUGUUUAUUGUAGGACGAAUCAACUUUUCAUCGAAUUCUAUUUUCAGCCAAAUUUACUUUCGGCCAAAUGUAUUUAAGUAAAUUUUAGUGCCGUGUAUAUUUUAAGACGAAGCGACUUUCCGCUGAAUUCUAGUUCGGCCGAAUUUAAUUUUGGUAUAGUUUACUUUCGGCCAGGUUAAUUUUUGCCUAAUAUAUUUUAGGUCAAAUUUAUUUUCUGCUCAAUUAUUUUUCGGCCGUGUAUAUUUUGGGCCGAAUUCAUUUUUGACUAUUUAUCUUUGGUUAACUUAAUUUUGAAUUAAAUUUAUUUUUAGUGAAAUUUAUUUUCAGCCAAAUUUACUUUCGGCCGAACGUAUUUUCGGUCGGAUUGAUUUUGACGUAAUUUAUUUUUAGCUCAAUUAAUUUUUAGCCGGAUUUACUUUCGGCCGAAUGCAUUUUAGGUCAAAUUUACUUUUCUUCGUGUAUAUUUUAAGCCGAAUCAAUUUUUCUCCUAAUUCUUUUCGAUCGAAAUUGUUUUUGACGUAAUUCAUUUUUAGCCAGAUUUACUUUCGGCUGAAUUUUAGGCAAAAUUUAUUUUCCCCCUUGUAUUUACUUUCGGCCGAAUAUAUUUAGGUCAAUUUUUUUACCGCCGUGUAUAUUGUAGGACGAAUAAUUUUUCCGCCGAAUUUUUAUUCGGCGAAAAAUUUAGUUUUUACCAAAUAUAUUUUCGGCCUAAUAUUCUGCCGUUUAUAUUUUGAACCUAAUUCAUUUUUAGUCAAAUUUAUUUUGCCCUAAAUUUAUUUUUAGUAAUUUUUUUUCUGCCUAAUUGAUUUUCAGCCGUAUACAUUUUUGGCCGAAUUAAUUUAGUCCAAAGUUAAUUUUAACUAACUUUAUUUUUGACCAAAUUUAUUUUCAGCUAGAUUUACUUUCGGCCGAGUGUAUUUUAGGUCAAAUUUAUUUUUCGCCAAACUUAUUUAUUGCCCAAUUUAAUUUCGGCCGAAUGUAUUUUAGGUAAUUUAUUUUGUGUCUAAUUUAUUUUUGGCAGAAUUCAUUUAUGGCAGAAAUUUAUUUUCGGCCGAAUGUAUUUUAGAUUUAUUUUUUGCUUUAUUAAUUUUUCGUUGUUUUCCACUUUUAGGCCCCACUAGGUUCAUUGUGCAUCCUCUCAAAUUGAUAGGCUUACAUAUUUUAUUGUCAAAAUUAUUUUUGGACAAUUUUAUUUUCGCCCAUAUUUAUUUUUCGCCGAAUUCUCUUUCGGCCGGAUUUAUAUUUGCCAAAUCUAUUUUUAACCUGAUUUAUUUUUGAUGAAAUUUACUUUCGGCCGAAUGUAUUUUAGGUCAAAUUUACUUUCGGCCGAAUGUAUUUUCAGUCAAAUAUUUUAACCUAAUUUGUUCUUCGUCGUUUCUAUUUUGAGCCGAAUCAAUUUUACGCCGAAUUCAUAUUCGGCCGAAUUUUACACUCGCGAAACCAAUACAAUUCAAUUCAAAAGUGGUCCACCCUGUAUGUUAAUUAUUUUGUUCAUUGUUUACCUGGGUAAUCUUUUUUUAUGAUUAUUGUUGAUUAUUAUAGUUUCUAAAUUGGUAAUUAAAUAGCGAUUUUUGCAAAACUUGUUCAAAUGGUUUUAGUAAAAAUUUAUUUUUAUAUGUGAAUGCGAUAUAUUUGAGAUUAUUUAUUUAUUUAUUUAUUCUCUGUUGGUCAGAUGGUGAGUAUUAUAAAAAGAACCUGAAGGCGAUUGGAGAUACACGCCAAUUGUAACAUUGUAAGUGGUAAUAAUUUAUAUUCGGCCUUUUACAGCCGAUUUUUUUGAGGUUUAAUGGCAGAAUAAAAUUCGGCCGAAUUUUUUUUCCGCUUAAGAACUAGCGUCAUAAUACAAAAAAAAGUUUCUUUAUAAUAAUUUAUAUUCGGCCGUUUACGGUCGAUGAUUCUUUGGAAAGUUAAAGCGCAAAACAAAAUUCGGCCGAAUUUAUUUUCCGCCUAAGAACAUUUAGGUUCAAAUUACCAGCGUCAUUUAUGGCCGAUUCUUUGGAAGGCUUAAAUGCAGAACAAAAUUCGGCCGAAUAUAUUUUCCGCUUACGAACAUUUAGGAUCGGUUUAUUAGCGUCACAAUUUAAAAAAGUUCCCCUAGAUGUUCUUUUGAAGGUUUAAGCGCAAAACAAAAUUCGGCCGAAUUUAUUUUCCAUCUAAAAUAUUUAGAGGCGGAUUACUAGCGUCAAAAUAUAAAAAAAGUUCCUAUAUAAUAAUUGAUAUUCGGCCGAUUACGGUCGAUUCUUUGGUGAUUUUAGGCGCCGAAAAAAAUUCGGCCGAAUUUAUUUUCCGCCUAAUUUAAAGUUAAUUUAUAUAAAAAAUCGUUUUUUCUUUUAUUAGUAUUUAAAACAUCUUUUUUGACUUAAAUUUCUCUUGUGAUAAUUGAAAAUACAUAAAUGUUCUGAACUUUGACAGAGCUGUCUGAAUGACAUGAACUUCAAAUUACUCAUGAUCUAAACUCUGUCAAACUUUACAUCAGGCUCAUAAUUGUUAACCAACGCAGAACGCAGCUGAAAUUUUGUUAUAUUUAAAUCAUUUUAUUUAUAUAUAGAUUUGCAAAAAUUCGCUAUCAAUUUCUUUAUAAAAUAUUUAAAAAGAUGUUAUUUAUAUGUUUAACGUUGCAAAAAUUG